AUGGAUUUAAAUGACUAUUCAUUUUACACGGUUCCGCCAACUUGUGUUGCUUUGGCUAGUAUCACACUUCUAAUUAUUCAGAGAAUCAAACCUCGAAAGAAUUAUGAUGAAGUACCGCAAGAGGAGGCAUUAGAUAUACCAAUUAUCGUCGAUGACACACGAUUCUCGACAGUUAAAAGGGAUUUGAUGAAGAUUGGUAUAAUAAUACUACAGAUUGGAAUAUUUUCGUUCUUAUUUGGUUAUAGAUAUGACCAAAACAGGGACGAUGUUGUAGGAAUAUCUGCGGGUGUACUUGCUUUAUGCUGGUGUUAUGCGCUAACAAUCACGAUUAUCGGCAUAUGCUCGAAAUCGAAUCAUCUGGGUUGGGUUUUAAAUGCACAUUUGACAGCGUUUACCUCUGUCGCCUUUCUGUGUUCAUUCUGGCAACUUCGAACAGCCAUUAAACUUGAGCCGGUUGUGGAUCACCGUAAUCACCUGGCCAUUAAAAUCGAUAUGAUAGUAGCCAUUUGCAAUUCGAUUUUCUCAUUAAUUGCUACUUCAGUAGCAAUUACAACUCCAAAAGGGCCACCGUUGAUCCAAGAAGGAAGAGCCGUCAAUGCAAUAGAGUAUUGUUCAAUAUUAGAUUUUAUUACAUUUUCCAUGGCGACUCCCUUGAUGGUCAAAGCUUAUUCACAGAAAACCUUUCAAGACAUAGAUCUUGAUUUGCUUCCGUUUUCUUGUCAAUCACGUGUUCUACACAAAGUAUUUAAGAACACUCUGGGAAACAACCUUUUAUACAGGAUCUUGAAAGCUAAUAAGCGCACCUUCGCGAUACAACUCUUUUUCACGAUAGUAGUUAGCACCUUAUACUACGUUCCCAUGGUUUUCCUGUAUAAAUUUCUAAAGAUACUUCAGGAUAAGCCCGAUCAUGGAUUAUAUGAGUGGGGAUUUAUAUACAUCUGUGGAAUGCUAAUAACAAACAUUCUGAUAUAUAUAUGUGCUGCACAGAAUUGGUUUUGGAGUUCGAGCAUACUUCAAGUUAGUAUUAAAGGAAUGCUGUGUUCUGAAAUUUUAGCGAAAAGUUUGAAAAGGGUUGACACACAUGUUAUGCUGCCUGAAGAUGAAAGUGAUGAUCAGGAUGCAUCUGGUAAAAACGAGGAUGAAGACAAGAAUGAUGAAGGGAGUUCGUCAAUUGGAAGGAUCACUAACCUUAUGGCGGUCGACACGAAUAGAGUAUCUGAGUUUGCCGUUUGGUGGACUAGCGUAAUUGAUUCCCCUGUAGAGCUGGCCGUUGGUAUUUACUUUUUAUACCAAAUAUUGGGUGUGUCUUGCCUCUUUGGAUCAUUGGCAAUGAUAUUUAUUCUUCCGAUAAAUCACGUGACUGCAAAAUAUUAUGCAAAAACACAGGACAACUUGAUGAGGGCUAGGGAUCAUAGGGUUCUUCAAGGUAUUCGAAUGAUCAAAUUUUUUGCCUGGGAGAAGAACUGGGAACGCAGGGUUCUUGAGGCACGAAGGACAGAACUCAAACAACUUCGUUACAACUUUAUAUAUAUGACUAUCCUUGACCUAUUAUGGAUGGUGUCACCAACUCUUGUGACGAUUAUUAGCUUUCUAUUUUACACUUUAGUUCAAGGACAACAACUUACAGCUGCCGUUGCAUUUACUUCAAUAACAAUUUUCAAUGAACUUCGAUAUGCCUUAAACGUUUUACCCGAGGUUUUGGUUGAAGCACUUCAAGCCUCAAUCAGUCUGAAAAGGAUAGAUAAAUUUUUACAUGAGGAUGAAAUUGAUACUUCCUCUGAGAACGACGUCUCUAGCACGACCAAUUCAAUAAGUUUCGUGAAGGCUACUGUGACUUGGAAUAAGGAAAAGGCUACAGGGGGUGAAGUUGACAAUGUAUUUAACGAGUUUUCGAUGCACGAUUUGAAUAUUGACUUUCCCAUAGGCGAGUUAAGUGUCAUAUGUGAGUAUGUUAAUAAUUCGAAGAAUGCGAAACUAUACGAAUAUCAAACUGACUAUUUGAAUAAUCAAAAUUUAUUAGGUGGCCCGACCGGAUCUGGAAAGACAUUAUUAUUGCUCUCUCUGCUUGGAGAAACGAAUGUUUUGAGCGGUAAGAUCCACUGUCCUCGUCCACCGACCGACCUUACUAGCAAAGACAUAAAUGCGCUUAACUGGAUUCUUCCAAAUGGUGUCGCAUAUGUUGCACAACAACCAUGGCUUCAAAAUGCCUCCAUACGAGAUAACAUCUUAUUUGGCCUUCCUUACGACGAAACGCGUUAUAAUCAGGUGAUAAAGGUGUGUGCUUUGGAAAAAGAUCUUGAGAUUUUUGAGGAUAAGGAUAUGACUGAGAUAGGCGAGAAAGGGAUAACACUUUCGGGAGGACAGAAACAAAGAUGCGCUUUGGCUCGUGCGGUAUAUUCCCGGGCAAAACAUAUCUUUGUAGAUGAUGUUUUUAGUGCUGUCGACGCACACACUGCUCAGCAUUUGAUGAAUGAAUGUUUUUUGGGUCCAUUGAUGGAAGGGCGUACUCGAAUUCUUGUAACACAUCAUGUUGGUUUAUGCUUGUCGGGUGCAUCUUAUUUGGUCGUAGUUAACAAUGGUGAACUUAAGGCAUCUGGGAAUAUUUCUGAGUUGAAGAAUUCGGGAACAUUAGUCCCUAUACUACAGGAAUAUAACAGUCGAUCAGGAUUUCAGGAUUUCACCGUAACGGCGAUCGAGGAUGCUGCCCCUCACUCAUCGAUAACUACCAAAGCCACUAUUCAAAUUGAGGACACACAACCUAAAAAGAAUGCUGAUCCUAAAAUUCUUAUUGAAGAAGAGUCGCGUCCGACCGGCAUGGUUCGACUAAAGAUUUAUGCAACGUACUUUCGAGCUAAUGGACAUAUGCUCUACUGGAUGAUUGUAGCUGGAUUAUUUGUUGGCUCCGGAGGUAUACGCAUAUUGGAAUCAUGGUGGCUCAAAACGUGGUCUGAUGCAGAUAUAAUAAACUCGAAUCACGAACCCAUUACAACUAUCACCUUUAUAAAACGAUUUGAUUGGAUUAUUCUUAAUGGGAUAUUUAGAGAUUUAGACGAACCACAUAGUGUAGAAUAUUAUUUGAACAUUUAUGUGAUCAUUACAUUCGCGUCCGUUUUAUUUGGCAUUUCGCGUUUCAUAUGGCUUUAUUAUGGAUCCUUGAAAGCAUCAAAAAAGCUUUACCAAAAACUACUUAACCAAGUUAUUCGAGCACCGUUAAGAUUUUUCGAUACGACGCCAGUUGGAAGGAUUUUGAAUAGAUUCAGCAAGGACUUUGAAACCAUUGACAGCAGUUUGAUAGAAUUCAUUGUUGCUGCGAUCAUUUUCGGUGCCAUAUUCUUAUUGGUCGGGUCAAUAUAUGCGAAGGCAUCUCGCGAACUUAAGAGAAUGGAUUCGGUGACCAGAUCCCCGUUAUACUCGCAUUUUACUGAAACUUUAGUUGGAAUAACUACGAUUAGAGCUUUCGGCGCUACUAGACGUUUCAUGGAAGAAAUGUUAUUAAAAAUUGAUAAAAACUUGCGACCAUUUUUUUACGUUUGGUUGGUUAACCGUUGGCUAUCCAUUCUAUAUAACAUCACUGGGUCGUUUGUGACAUUCCUAGCCGGUUUAUUCAUCAUGUGGGAUCUCGAACACAUAGGUGCAGGUUUAGCUGGGUUGUCACUGUCAUUUGCUAUGAAUUUUACCAAACAAAUAAUGUGGUCAGUGAGAAAAUACACUUCAUUGGAAAUGAGUCUGAAUGCCGUGGAGAGAGUUAGCGAAUUUUCCGAAAUUCCACAAGAACCUCCAGCUAUAAUAGAACCUAGACCCCCUGCUAAUUGGCCGCAUAGCGGUUCCAUAUCAGUACAAAAUCUUGAGGUGAAAUAUGCUUCUGAUUCUGAGCCCGUGUUGCAUCGAAUCUCAUUUUCAGUGAAGGGUCGGGAAAAAGUAGGGCUGGUUGGAAGGACUGGAUCCGGAAAAUCGACAAUAGCUUUGUCACUAUUUCGUUUUAUCGAGCCAUCAGGUGGACAUAUUUCGAUUGAUGGAAUUGACAUCUCAUCAAUUGGCGUUGAAGACCUCAGGUCGAGAAUCACUAUUAUCCCACAAGACCCGAUAUUAUUCAGUGGUACAAUACGAUCAAACCUUGACGCGUUCUCUCAAUAUGACGACCACGAGUUACUGGAAUCACUACGUCGUGUUCACUUAAUAUCUUCGGCAUCCGAGAUUGCUUCAGGUUCUAGCACAACGGGUGACAAUGUAAACGUGUUCACAGAUUUGUACACCCCUGUAAGUGAAGGUGGUAAGAAUUUUAGUCAAGGUCAAAGACAAUUACUUUGUUUGGCCAGAGCCUUACUAAGAAGGUCCAAGAUAAUAGUGAUGGAUGAAGCUACGGCUAGUAUCGACUUCUCUAUGGAUGAAAAAAUUCAGAAGAUGAUACGAACUGAGUUUGAGGAUUGCACAAUAAUGUGCAUUGCACAUAGGCUACGUACUGUAAUUGAUUAUGAUAAAAUUUUAGUUCUUGAUAACGGUAACAUUGUUGAAUUUGAUAGUCCCUACAAUCUAAUAGCGAACCCCGAAUCCUUAUUCCAUAUGAUGUGUAAAAAUACUGGCGAGUUUGACUUGUUAAUGGCAUUAGCUCUUAAGAAAGGCAAGAGUGAUUAUUAA